UGACUAUAACCAACGUGCAUACCACAACUACUUCCUCUUCAUAUACACCAUAUCCCUACAACUACACCAACAACAAACACCUCUCAUUUUAGACCAUUUAUCCAUCCUUUUGCUACAAUCACCAAAGCUCUAGCAAUUAAUCAAACACAUUAGGCAUAUAUGGCGGUGUCAAAGCCUCAACCGCCGUCACUACCACCACCGCCGCCGCCACCAGCAGCCGUGGAGGGUAAGCCCCACCCUACGUAUUCCCGGCCACCUAUCUCCCUCCAACCAUCACAUAAUAAAAAGAACCACCCUUCAAAAUCUAUCCGGCUUUUCAGGCGCUUUCAAACAGUUUUCCGGUCAUUUCCAAUAAUAAACAUCCCGUCGUGCAAAAUGCCCGUCUCCCUACACGGUGGCCGGUCCAAUGACGGGCACAUUCAUGGAGGGACACGCAUGACAGGGACCCUUUUCGGGUUUCGUAAGGCUAGGGUGAACCUUGCCAUCCAAGAAAACUCUAGGUGUUUGCCUGUUCUUCUUCUUGAGCUUGCAAUUCCCACAGGGAAGCUUUUACAGGACAUGGGGAUGGGGCUUGUAAGGGUUGCACUUGAAUGUGAGAAGCACCCGAAUGAGAAGACCAAGAUUAUCGAUGAGCCCAUAUGGAGCUUGUAUUGCAAUGGGAGAAAAUCAGGGUAUGCUGUGAAGAGAGAGGCAACGGAUGAUGAUUUGAAUGUGAUGCAAAUGCUACAUGCAGUGUCAAUGGGAGCUGGGGUUCUUCCAAGUGAAGUAACAUCGGAUCAACAAGAGAGUGGUGAUUUGAUGUACAUGAGAGUGCAUUUUGAACGAGUUGUUGGAUCGAAAGACUCUGAGACAUACUAUAUGCUGAAUCCUGAUGGCAAUAAUGGCCCUGAAUUGAGUAUCUUUUUUGUUAGAAUAUAAUAUGACGCCUUUGACUAAUCUGUUGAGAAUCUAUAAUCAACUCAAAAACUUUUGAGACUAAGGCGUAGUCGUUGUUAUCAUUAUAUGAUAUGAAGUUGGUAGGUGCAUGGUUAAGGUGAAUGUGUUUAGCAUGGAAAAGGUGACUUUUUCUCAUGCAAAUGCAAAUGGGUUUGGGAGAUCUAUGACCAUGUGACCAUGGAUAUGCAUGCAAGAAGAUGUUGUUGAUGAGAGCAUUGGAGCCAAGAAGAUGUUGUUGCCUCUCUAAUUGGAAGAAAGGAAAAAGGGUUAAGGGAACUUUUGGUGACUAUGCAUUAAUGGUUUGAAAUUGGCAUGAAGGGAUUGAAAUGUUGUCUCUUUGGAAUUCUGGAUAUGAACAAGAACAAGUUUGUGCAUGUAAUCUAUAUUGUCUAUAUUAGGUUUAUUUCCAUUUGUAUUUCUUGAUAAGA